AUGAAGGAGGUGUGUGAUGAACUACUUCGACCUACAGCAAUCGUUCCUUUUAGGCCGAGGGAAGAACCUGAAAUCAAAGAAAUUCCAUGAAGAAAGAUCGAAUUAAACACCAGAAAAAGGAGGCCGUGGAAGAAAUCAAGAGAAAAUUAGCGGCUUACCUUGCUGAAAAACGAAUCUGUGUAAACAGAUCUGAAGUAGUCUACGAAGGUGAAGAGGAAGAUUUGAAGGAUCAGAUAACACUAGAGGAAUUAGAUCUAGCACCAACAAAGCUUGAUGAUCUGAAGGCAGAAGUACAAGAUCCCCUGAAAGAGGUAAAUCUGGGUACUGAGACAGAUUCGAAAAUUACUUUUAUUAGCGGUUCUCUUGAGCCGUGUUUGCAUGAUAAAAUUAUCACUAUUUUGCAUGAAUACAAGGAUUGUUUUGCUUGGGACUAUUCUGAAAUGCCAGGUCUGGACAGAAAUCUGGUGGAGCACGAAUUACCAAUUAGACCAGAUUUCAAGCCUUUUAAACAACCGCCUAGACGAAUGUCUCCAGAAGUCACCUUAAAAGUUAAAGAAGAGAUAGAGCGAUUGUUGAAGGUCGGUUUCAUCAGGACUUCCAAAUAUGUGGAAUGGUUAUCUAAUGUGGUUCUUGUGGUUAAAAAGAAUGGCAAGCUGAGAAUCUAUGUGAACUUCAAAAAUCUAAAUCUGGCAACACCAAAAGAUGAAUAUCCUAUGCCUAUUGCAGAUUUAUUGGUGGACGGUGCAGCACGCCACCGUAUUCUGUCAUUCAUGGAUGGCCACAGAGCUAUUGGUACGUAUGAAUGGGUAGUGAUGCCAUUUGGUUUAAAAAAUGUGGGUGCAACUUAUCAAAGAGCCAUGAACGCCAUCUUUCAUGACAUGAUUGGUCAUUUUAUGGAAAUUUAUAUUGAUGAUGUGGUCGUAAAAUCUAAUGAGGAUGAAGAACAUCUGGAGCAUUUAAAGCUGGCUUUUGAAAGAAUGAGAAAGCAUGGUCUGAAGAUGAAUCCUUUAAAAUGUGCAUUUGGCGUUUCUGCUGAAAAUUUUCUGGGAUAUCUGGUGCAUGAGCGAGGUCUGGAAGUAGAUCAGAACAAGGCAAGAGCUGUUAUUAAAGCACAGCCGCCAAGAAGUAAAAAGGAAUUACAAAGAUUCCUUGGGCAAGUUUAUGUUAUUUCGAAAACUGAUGUGAUAAAGUACAUGUUGUCUCGACCACUGUUACGAGGCAGAAUUGGGAAAUGGGUUCUGGCUUUGUCAGAAUUCAACCUGAAGUACAUGCCUCAAAAAGCUGUCAAGGGGCAGGCUUUGGCAUAUUUCCUGGCAGAUCAUCCGUGCCUGGAGGUAGAAGCAGAUGAGGAAAAAGGUAUUAAUUUAUUUUCCAUAAAUCUGGUUCCUUGGAAGCUUAUUUUUGAUGGAUCUAGCACAGAUUCCAUGUCCGGAGCAGGAAUUAUUAUUAUUUCUCCAACUAGUUUGAAAACCCAACUGUCAUUUCAGCUAGAUUUCAGUUGCACCAACAACCAAGCUGAAUAUGAGGCAUUAAUUAUUGGGCUGGAAGUGUUGGUAGAGCUCAAGGUACCUAUGGUAGAAAUAAUUGGUGACUCACAAUUAAUUUUGAAGCAAUUAGAAGGUGAGUACAAAUGCACUAGUUUGUCUUUGGCACCUUAUUUUGCUCUGGCAGUACAGCUCUUGGAGGAAUUUGAUGAUGUAAUCUUGAGGCAUGUUACUCGAGAUCUGAACACAGAAGCAAAUGAGAUGGCACAAAUCGCCUCGGGCUUAAAAAUCCCAGAAGGCGUGAUGAGCAGAAUUGUUGCUGUGGAAAAACGAAUUCUGCCAUCUAUUCACAUGCGUGGUAUGGCAAUUUCAACUUGUUCCAUAGACAUAACCCAGACAGAUUGGCGAUAUCCGAUCAUGGAAUACCUCAAAAAUCCAAAUUUUAAGGCCUCAAGAAGAACAAAAAUGCAGGCCUUGAAUUAUGUUCUAUUGAAAGGUGUUCUUUAUAAAAGAGGACAUGAUGAAUUACUCCUGCGCUGUCUUGGUCCAGAUGAGUACUGCCAGAUUAUGUCAGAUGUGCAUAAUGGAAUCUGUGGUGCACACCAAGCUGGAAUUAAGAUGAGAUGGCUAAUUCGGAGACAUGGAUUCUUUUGGCCAUCAAUCUUGAAAGAUUGCAUCAGUUAUGCUAAAGGUUGUAAAGCCUGCCAGAUUCAUGGACCACUGCAAAGAGUUCCAGCGUCAAAACUCCAUCCAAUUGUCAAACCAUGGCCAUUUCGAGGGUGGGCCAUAGAUUUGAUUGGUAAAGUUUAUCCUCCUUCCACUAGAGGGCAUUCUUUUAUUAUUGUCACCACAGAUUACUUUACCAAGUGGGUGGAAGCAAAGCCAAUGAAAAAGGUUGACCAGACCGAUAUUAUUAAAUUUCUCAAGGAGGAAAUCAUUCACAGAUUCGGUUUGCCAAAAACAGUGACUUCAGAUCAGGGGACAGUUUUUGUUGGUGCACAAGUUGAAGCAUUUGCAAAAGAAAUGGGAUUUAGGUUACUCACUUCAACCCCUCAUUAUGCUCAAGCCAAUGGUCAAGCUGAAGCUUCCAACAGAAUUGCUUAUAGAACUUCGCAAAAGAGUUCUACCAAGGUAACUCCAUUCUCUUUAACUUAUGGACAUGAUGCUGUUCUGCCCAUGGAGUUGUCUGCUAGAUCAUUGCGUGUAGCAAUUCAACAUGGUCUCACUUUUGGAGAAUAUAAUGAAGCAAUGAUUCUAGAGUUAGAAGACCUUGAAGGUAUGCGAUUGACGGCCUUAGAUAGGUUGCAAACACAAAAAUUAAAAGUGGCUCGAGCAUACAACAAACGGGUGAAAUCCAGAAGUGUAGCAGAAGGAGAUCUGGUAUGGAAAGUAAUUUUGCCACCUGGAAAGAAAGACCCCAAAUUUGGGAAAUGGUCUCCAAAUUGGGAAGGACCAUUUCGUAUACAUGAAGUGCUUAGAGGAGGAGCAUAUUGGCUUGAAUCAUUAAAUGGAGAGUUACAUCCUCGAAAAAUAAAUGGAAUCUACCUUAAGCCUUACUAUCCUAUGAUAUGAGAGGCUAGAGGUUUGGAUACCAUUAAUUCUACCUGAGACAGAUUUGAGGUAGGAUUUGUACAAUAUUUUAUUUCAUUGUUUUAAGCAUUUUAUCAUUCAAUAAAAGUGCUGAGCGAAA